AUGUUUACCAUGGAAAUCCUCUGCCUCUACCUAUUCCCUUUCAUCCUCUUAGCCCUCUACACCAUAGCCCAACAUCUCCUCAAUCAGCCCAAAAACCUCCCACCGAGCCCGGGCCCAGCCCUCCCCUUUGUGGGUCACGCCUAUUUGCUCCGGCGGCCCUUCCACCGGAGCCUCUCCAAACUCGCUAGGCACCACGGCCCGGCCCUCUUCCUCCGCCUCGGAGCCCGUCCCGUUCUCCUCAUCUCUUCCCCGUCUCUAGCCGAAGAAUGCCUAACCAAGAAAAACGACGUGAUUUUCGCCAACCGGCCCGAUUUCCUAAACGGGAAGUAUUUCGGGUACAACUACACGAGCCUCUCUUGGUCGUCGUAUGGCGAGCAUUGGAGGAACUUGAGGAGAAUCUCGUCACUCGAGCUACUUUCUUCGCAUAGGGUUAAUGGGCUAGCCCAUAUUCGGGCCCACGAGACUUUAAGCCUCGUCCAGAAGCUCUUCCACAUCACUAGGAACGAGCCUGGACGAGUCUUGGAGGUCAAGUCGACCCUUUUCGAGUUCAUGUUCAAUGUCAUGACUAGGAUGAUCACGGGCAAAAGGUAUUAUGGGAAGGACGUGGAGAACUCGAAAGAGGCCAAGUUGUUUGAGGAGAUAGCAAGGGACACGUCGAGGAUGGCUUUCGAGACAAAUUUGGUCGAUUUUUUGCCGUUUAUGAAGUGGUUCGGCUUCAAUGAUGUGGUAAGCAAGAUGAUUACGAUACAAGAAAAGAGGGACCGAUUCAUGCAGAAAGUUAUAGACGACAACCGAAAAACAUCGCUGGAAAACGAUCGUUCGCCGGAUGUCGGAAGGAAGAAAACGGUGGUCGAGGUUUUGCUCGACUUACAAACAUCAGAACCGGAAUACUACACCGAUGAAACCAUCAAAAGUCUCCUCUUGGUAAGAAUUUUAUCUCUUCUUUUAGACUGUAUAACGGUUAGACAAUCGUACUGUCCCAAUUAA